AUGUCCCAUUACAAGUACAUCAAGUUCCCGGAAAUGGUCAAGUUGUUGAAGGAUUAUGGCCGUGGUCUUGUCAAGUUGGGAUUGAAGCCUAAUCAGCAGGAUAAAUUGCAUAUCUUUGCUUCCACUUCACACCGGUGGAUGCUAACCUUCUUGGCUUCCGCCACCCAAAACAUCCCCAUUGUCACUGCCUAUGACACCUUGGGAGAAUCGGGUCUUACCCACUCGAUGAUUCAAACCGAGUCCAAUGCUGUGUUUACCGACAACGUUCUCCUCGACCAAUUGGUCAAACCAUUGGAAAAGGCUAAGGAUAUUCGUUUCGUCAUCCAUGGCGAUAAAAUUGAUUCAAGCGAUAAGCGUAUGCAAGGAAAGUUCUAUUCGAAUGCGGUCAAGGCAAAGGAAGAGAUUUUGAAGGUGAGACCUGAUAUCAAGUUCAUGUCCAUGGAUGAAAUCAUCGAGCUUGGUAAAGAGAACAAGGAUAUCCCCUUGCAAUCUGCUAAACCAGAGGACUUGGCUUGUAUCAUGUAUACUUCCGGCUCUUCUGGAGAACCCAAGGGUGUUGUGCUUAGCAAUGCCAAUAUUCUUGGUGGUGUGGGCGGUGUUUCAAGCAACGUUCCAAGAAAAGUUGUUUCGUCAAAGGACAGAGUUAUUGGCUUCUUACCUUUGGCCCAUAUCUUUGAGUUGACUUUCGAGUUGGUCUGUUUCUGGUGGGGUUCGUGCAUCGGUUACGCUAAUGUGAAGACUCUCACAGACACCCUGUGUAGAAACUGUGACUCUGAUAUGGUGGAGUUCAAGCCAACUGUCAUGGUUGGUGUGGCCGCUGUAUGGGAAUCGGUGAGAAAAGGUGUUUUGGCAAAGGUCAAGCAAUUGCCUCCUUUGACUCAAAAGCUCUUUUGGGCCGCUUACAAGAUGAAGUCUACCAUGACCCAUUACCAUAUUCCGUUCGCCAGUGCUUUUGAUAUCAUUUUCAAAAAGGUGAGAGCCGCCACGGGUGGUCACUUGAGAUACACCAUGAAUGGUGGCUCUCCUAUCUCUCUGGAUGCUCAAAUCUUUAUCAGUACCUUGAUUGCACCUAUGUUGCUUGGUUAUGGAUUGACGGAAACUUGCGCCAACACAACCGUCUGCGAGCCAGACAAGUUUGAAUACCAUGUUGCUGGAACAUUGACCGGUGCUGUCACCGCCAAGUUGGUUGAUGUCGAGGAAGCCGGUUACUUUGCCAGCAAUAACCAAGGUGAAAUCUGGAUUAAGGGAACAUGUGUGACUAAAGAGUAUUUCAAGAAUGAAAAGGAGACUGCUGAAGCAUUUACCCCAGAUGGUUGGUUCAAGACUGGAGAUAUCUGUGAAUGGACUAGCAAUGGUGCCCUCAAGAUUAUCGACCGUAAGAAGAAUUUGGUGAAGACCUUGAACGGUGAAUACAUUGCCUUAGAAAAGCUCGAGUCUGUAUACAGAUCGAACCCAAUCGUUUUGAACUUGUGUGUGUACGCUGACCUGACCAAGGUUAAGCCUAUUGCCAUAGUUAUCCCCAACGAGGGCCACUUUAGAGAGUUUGUCGCCGAGACAAAUAUCUACUCGCAAUCUGAACUCAAGACGAAGGAUCUUUCGCACUUUUGUGACGACAAGCGCGUAGCUAGAGCAGUUCAGAAAUCCCUUGUGAAAACAGGACAAGCUCAGGGCUUGAAGGGCAUUGAAUUACUUCAAGCUGUGGUAUUGUUGGAUACCGAGUGGACCCCACAAAAUGGAUUUGUGACUUCUGCGCAGAAGUUGCAAAGACGUAAGAUUUUGGAAUCCUGCAAAGACAAGGUUGAUGCAGCUUAUUCAGACUCCCCAUAG